CGCGGGGGCUUCUAAGCCAGAAAGUCUCCGGAGCUUGCGCUAAGCUAUUUGCGGCGCCCCCCCACUUAAACGCAGGUCUCAGAAACGGGCGGGGGGAAAAGGCGUCGUUCCUGGAGCUGAGACCAGGCUGCCGGAGUCCUCAGGGAUGAACCUCGAGUUGCUGGAGUCCUUUGGGCAGAAUUAUCCGGAGGAAGCCGAUGGAACCUUGGAUUGUAUCAGCAUGGCCCUGACUUGCACCUUUAACAGGUGGGGCACACUGCUUGCGGUUGGCUGUAACGAUGGCCGAAUUGUCAUCUGGGAUUUCUUGACAAGAGGCAUUGCUAAAAUAAUUAGCGCGCACAUCCAUCCCGUUUGUUCUUUAUGCUGGAGUCGAGACGGCCAUAAGCUCGUGAGCGCUUCCACGGACAACAUAGUGUCGCAGUGGGACGUUCUUUCUGGCGACUGCGACCAGAGGUUUCGGUUCCCCUCACCCAUCCUGAAAGUCCAGUACCAUCCGCGAGAUCAGAACAAGGUUCUCGUGUGUCCCAUGAAAUCUGCUCCUGUCAUGUUGACCCUUUCAGAUUCCAAGCAUGUUGUUCUGCCGGUAGACGAUGACUCCGAUUUGAACGUGGUUGCAUCUUUUGAUAGGCGAGGGGAAUAUAUCUAUACGGGAAAUGCAAAAGGCAAGAUUUUGGUCCUAAAAACAGAUUCUCAGGAUCUUGUUGCUUCCUUCAGAGUAACAACUGGAACAAGCAAUACCACAGCGAUUAAGUCCAUAGAGUUUGCCCGGAAGGGGAGUUGCUUUUUAAUUAACACAGCAGAUCGGAUAAUCCGAGUUUAUGAUGGCAGAGAAAUCUUAACUUGUGGAAGAGAUGGAGAGCCCGAGCCCAUGCAGAAGUUGCAGGACUUGGUAAAUAGGACCCCAUGGAAGAAAUGUUGUUUCUCUGGGGAUGGAGAGUACAUAGUGGCUGGCUCGGCCCGGCAGCAUGCCUUGUACAUCUGGGAGAAAAGCAUUGGCAACCUGGUGAAGAUCCUCCACGGGACAAGAGGAGAGCUCCUCUUGGAUGUGGCUUGGCAUCCUGUUCGACCCAUCAUAGCAUCCAUUUCAAGUGGAGUGGUAUCUAUCUGGGCACAAAACCAAGUAGAAAACUGGAGUGCCUUUGCCCCAGACUUCAAGGAGUUGGAUGAAAAUGUGGAAUAUGAGGAAAGGGAAUCUGAGUUUGAUAUUGAAGAUGAAGAUAAGAGUGAGCCUGAGCAGACAGGGGCUGACGCUGCUGAGGACGAGGAGGUCGAUGUCACCAGUGUGGACCCGAUUGCUGCCUUCUGUAGCAGUGAUGAAGAGCUGGAAGAUUCAAAGGCUCUAUUAUAUUUACCCAUUGCCCCUGAGGUAGAAGAUCCAGAAGAAAAUCCUUACGGCCCCCCACCGGAUGCGGUCCAAACCUCCCUGAUGGAUGAAGGGGCUAGUUCAGAGAAGAAGAGGCAGUCUUCAGCAGACGGGUCCCAGCCACCGAAGAAGAAACCCAAAACAACCAAUAUAGAACUUCAAGGAGUACCUAAUGAUGAAGUCCAUCCACUACUGGGUGUGAAGGGGGAUGGCAAAUCCAAGAAGAAGCAAGCAGGCCGGCCUAAAGGAUCAAAAGGUAAAGAGAAAGAUUCUCCAUUUAAACCGAAACUCUACAAAGGGGACAGAGGUUUACCUCUGGAAGGAUCAGCGAAGGGUAAAGUGCAGGCGGAGCUCAGCCAGCCGUUGGCAGCAGGGGGAGCGAUCUCAGAACUGUUAUGAAGACGCUUGAAGUGCUUCGUUCUUCCCCACUUUGCCAUCAUGUGGCCUCUGGACACUGUGGUCAGUCAUUUGAGAUUGACUUUAAUUUAAAACAAAGGCCUCUGCCUCCAACCCAGGAGGUGCAAGGAGGGACUCAUAUAUUUGAAUGAAGAAGUGAAUUAUGGAAGAAGAGGACGCGGCCCUCCCCUUCAAGCUUAAGUCCACAUAGGCUCUCAGGAAUGAGGAUUUGUGAAGACGGCACCAGGAGUUUGGACUCAUUCACACUUCAAUGCUUAGUUAUGUUGCUGGAGAAAAGAGACCAGUUUUGCUCCUCUAACUCUUGUGCCCAGGAUCAUUCUGACCUGACAUUUCCUAUCCUAUUUGCCUUCCAUCCUCCGUGCAUGUCCUCAAGUGACUAAUUCUCGUCUGAAGUUUUGCUGCCGGUAUCCUAGAGAAACUUCUGUUGCAUAUUGUGUCUUCCAUUUUUGAACUUCACUCUCUCACCAGAUGCCCUCCUGCAUUUCCCUGCUGUGUCCGGAGGCUGGGCAGAAAGGAAAGUGCUUGAAAGCUUUCAGGGUUUUGGAAAGGGAAGAAAGAUGAGGAAAAACCCCCUCUUCUUAACAUAACCCCAUUUUGCUCAAGAAGUUGGGCUGUAAGAGGGUUGAGGUUUUUCUCUGUUUUCCUUUCCUGGCGUGUUUUGCUCCGGUAGUAGUUCAUGCUCAGUAAUCAUGGUUUCCGAAGAGCGCUGGUUUCGUCCAUCUGCAGCAAGGAAUCAUCAGUAGUUCAUGUGGCUUCACCUGUGCUGGCGUCCAGAGAGGGAGACAACUUGAGGUGUCUCUCCACAAGCUGCUUUUUUAUUGGGGCGGGGGAAAUCUCCACGAGGACGGAAGUCAAACCAUCCAGAAUCAAAGCAGCAGCAACACAGUUCAAAUCAAAGAUCAAGGAAAAAUUGUUUUUUAUCAUUGCGUGUGGAUCUCUGUCCCUUCCUU